ACUGGCAAUCUAGCAUUCAGAAUCUCUCUCUCUCUCUCUCUCUGUGAACCAUGGCUUCUCUCUCCAAGCUCCGCCUCCCCACACCCCACCGCCGCCCUUUCUCCUCUUCCUCCAUCCUAAACCCAGACUCCAAAACCCCACUCAGCUCAAAACAGAAGUCCCGCGCCGCCCUCGCCCUCGUCAAAUCCGAAAAAAACCCGGAACGCAUCCUCGACAUCUGCCGCGCCGCCUCCCUCACCCCGUCCUCCCACCUCGACCGCAUCGCCUUCUCCCUGGCCAUCUCCCGCCUCGCCGACUCUAACUACUUCCACGGCAUCCGCCUCUUCCUCGAAGAACUCAAGACCCGACCCGACUUGAAAACGGAGCGCUUCAUGGCCCACGCCAUCGUCCUCUACGGCCAGGCCAAACUCAUCGACGAUGCCGUCCAAACCUUCGUUAAGAUGCCCGACCUGGGUGUGGAGCGGACCGUCAAGUCGCUCAAUGCUUUGCUGUUCUCCUGCCUCGUGGCCAAGGAUUAUAGCGAGGUAAAGCGUGUUUAUCUUGAAUUUCCGAGAAAGUAUGGGAUUGAUUUGAACUUGGACAGUUAUAAUACGGUUAUUAAGGCCUUUAGCGAGUCGGGUUUGACGAGCUCGGUGUACUCGUUGCUGGGGGAGAUGGAUAGGAAGCGUUGCAAGCCGAACGCGACGUCCUUCGGGACGAUGAUUGCGGGGUUUUAUAAGGAGGAGAAGUAUGAGGAUGUUGGGAAGGUUCUGGAUUUGAUGAAUAAGUACGAUAUGCUACCGGGGAUUAGUACGUAUAAUAUAAGGAUUCAUAGUUUGUGUAAGUUGGGGAAGUCUGUUGAGGCGAAGGCUUUGCUCGACGGGAUGUUGUCGAGGGGGAUGCAGCCGAAUUCGGUUACGUAUUGCCAUUUGAUUCACGGUUUUUGUAAGGAAGGGAGGUUGGAUGAAGGGAAGAGUUUGUUUAAGAAGAUGGUGGAUAGGGGGUGUAAACCUGAUAGUGACUGUUAUUUUACUCUGGUUCACUUUUUGUGCCGGGGAGAGGAUUUUGAGGCCGCGUUGGAGCUUUGUAAAGAGAGUAUGAAGAAGGGUUGGGUUCCUAAUUUCUCGACCAUGAAGUUACUUGUGAAUGGGCUUGCGAACGUUUCGAAGAUUGAUGAGGCACGGGAACUCGUCGGGCAAAUGAAGGAGAAGUUCUCGAAAUCUGCUGACAUGUGGAGUCAAGUUGAAGAGGGUUUACCCAAGUAGAGAAGACAAACAUUCGCGGCAGCUUCUUGUAUAUGAGCUCAGACUUAUGCGAUCAAAAGUCGGCACAUAAGGGCUAGCAUGAGGUUUACAUCUAUGAAUUGUAUUUUGUAUGCUUGGCUUGGAGAGAGAGAUUGGAAUGGUUUUUCUUAAAGCUAGCUUUGUAACUCUUCUUAGAGGACACUAAUGCCUUGAGCUUGUGGUUUGCAAGAUUUGACAUCAUAGGGCAUUGGUAGGGGGAGCACAUUCAUUCAAUAACUGAAGCAUAAGACUCGAGGCCACGGUUUAUAGUACAGUUUUCCCUACUUCCCUUCAUCUUGUGGCAAAAUGGAGAGUGUGUAAGUUGAAGAAUCUGUGGAGGCAAAUGUUUUGCUUGAUGGGAUGUUGUCAAGGGUAAUGAAGCCGAUUUCGGUUGUGCAAUUGUCAUUUGAUUCAUGGGUUUUGUAGGGAAGGGAAAUUGGAUGAAGUGAAGAGUUCGUUAAAGAAAAUGGUGAGUAGUGGAUGCAAACCGGAUAGUGACGAUUAUUUUACUCUGGUUUGCUUCUUAUACCAAGGUGGGGAGUUUGAGACUGCGUUGGUGAGUUGUAAGGAGAGUAUGGAAAAGGGUUGGGUUCCUAUUUUCUCGACCAUGAAGUCCCUUGUGAAUGGGCUUGCAAGCAUUUCAAAGAUUGAUGAGACACGGGAACUUCUCGAGCAAAUAAAGGUGAAAUUUGCCAAAUCUGCCGACAUGUGUAGCCAAGUAGAAGAAGGUUUGCCUAAGUAGAGAAGACAAACAUCUCAUUUGACAAUCAUUAGGACGAAGGCCACAUGAAUGAUACUGGACAUUAGAUGGAUAUUUGUAGAAAAUGGAAUCUCCAGAGAGAUACCAUCCUGCAUUUCAGAUGCUGAAUUUGUUGAACUACCUGAAAGGCUGAAAUAUGUUGUUCCGAUAUUUUAUUAGUGGAGAUGUUCGUUUUCGUUGGAUAAAGCAACUUUCGAUCUAUUUCCUUAUCAUACAUUGCUCAACUUGCUUUGGUCUGGUUUGUUUCCCUGGAAGUGCUUU